AUGUCCGCUGAACCAAAGGAAUCCGUCUUGGAUGCAAGUCUCCCAAUCAGAGAGCAGAUGGAAAGGCUUGUUAGGCAAAAGCAGGCCCAGAUUGUGGCUGGUCUUGAAUCAGUUGGAACGAAGAAAUUCCACCCAGACGAGUGGAAAAGAGGUCAGAAUGGAGGAGGCGGUCGAUCCAUGGUUUUGGCCGAUGGUACCACUUUCGAAAAAGCCGGUGUGAACGUUUCUGCAGUUCACGGAACCCUCCCUGCUGCAGCAAUCACGAGAAUGAAGCCAGACCACAAGAAUAUCAAGACAGAUGCUGAUGGAACUGUUCAGUUUUACGCAUGUGGCUUGAGUAUGGUUAUUCAUCCUUGGAACCCUCACGCUCCAACCACUCAUUUGAACUACAGAUACUUUGAAAUCAGCAGCAAAGAUGGAACUCCUCAAACAUGGUGGUUCGGUGGUGGUGCAGACUUGACACCUUCAUAUCUUUAUCCAGAAGAUGCCAAAUUGUUCCACAAGAUCCAGAAGGAGGCUUUGGAUCCAUUCGGAAAGGAUUUGUACCCACGUUUCAAGAAGUGGGCAGAUAGCUACUACUACAUUCCUUUCAGAGGCGAGACCAGAGGUAUCGGAGGAACAUUCUUUGAUGAUUUCAACGAGAUGCCAGCCCAGAGAUGCUUGGAGAUGUGUGAGAGCUGUUUUGACGCUUUCUUGCCAGCAUACUUGCCAAUCAUGAAAAAGAGGAAGGACAUGAGCUAUACCCCUGAGGAGAAGCAGUGGCAGCAAAUCAGAAGAGGCAGAUAUGUCGAAUUCAACCUUGUUGUUGACAGGGGCACCAAGUUUGGUCUUGAGACUCCGGGAUCAAGAGUUGAGUCUAUUUUGAUGACAAUGCCUAAGACUGCCACUUGGCUAUACAAUUAUGAGCCAAAGGAGGGCACCCGUGAGGCUGAGUUGUUGAAGGUUACCAGAAAUCCUAUUGAAUGGGCUUGA